AUGGUGCAAAAUUUAAUGGACAACAAAGAGUUGGAGUUUUAUGAAGAGAUCAAAGGAUUAGAAGAGGGUGAAUUUUAUACCUCGGAAGAAGGAUCUACGAGAAAAUCCCAAAGGGUUAAUCACCCGGUGGUAAUUAUUUUGUGGCCAAGGAGCACAGAAGCUGGAAUACAAAUGGCGUCGAGGGUCAUAAUCCAAAAACCUGUAUCAUUUCCCUACAAGGAUAGCAAAAGGAUUCCUUGGAAUUAUGAUUGCAAUGUGACGAUCCCUGGAGAGGAGGACCCGGUAAAUGCUUCAGAGGAGGGUAAUGAUGUAGGCUCCUAUACACGUAGUGGAAAACGCUACAAUCCAGCAAAUGCAAGAGUGGAGCCCAUAAAAGAAAAAGCCUUGGCAGUUGAGCAAGAGAAAAUAAAGACGGCCAGAAUUGAAUCCCAUGUUAACAAAUCGGUGACUGAAAAUGAGGCUAGAGAAUUCUUAAAAUUCUUAAAGUAUAGCGAGUAUAGCGUGGUGGAACAACUGCAUAAGCAACCAGCUUCCAUCUUAAUGCUCGGGUUACUUCUAUGUUUAGAGACACAUCAUAAUGCGUUGAUAAAAGUGCUAAAUGAGACUUAUGUUGCUAACGAUAUCUCAGUGAACAAGUUGGACUGCCUGGUUAACAAUAUAAGUGCCGACAACUUCAUCUUCUUUAAUGAUGAUGAAAUACCGCCGGGGGGGAGAGGAGCCACCAAAGCCCUACAUAUUACCACUCGCUGUAAAGGAUACACAUUGCUUGGUGUGUUAAUUAAUAAUGGAUCAUCCCUGAAUGUCUUGCCCUUAUCCACCUUAAACAGGUUACCGGUGGAUGGCUCGCACAUGAAAACAUGCCAGAACAUAGUGAGAGCAUUUGAUGGCACUGAAAGGAGGGUAAUGGGAAGAAUAGAAAUACCUCUUUUGAUUGGCCCAAAUACAUACGAGGUAGAUUUUCUGGUGAUGGACAUCAAGCCUUCGUAUAAUUGCCUGUUGGGAAGACCCUGGAUUCAUUCAGCGGGAGCGGUACCUUCAUCAUUGCACCAGAAGUUGAAAUUGGUAACAGAAGGUCGACUGGUUAUGAUAAGCGCUAAAGAAGACAUCAUUGCAUCAGUAACCAGCAACGCGCCAUAUUUAGGAAUGAACGAUGAGGCAAUCGAAUGUUCCUUUCGAUCCUUAGAAUUUGUGAACGCAAUCUUCAUUGUCGAGGGGAAUAAGAUCCCAAUGCCCAGCAUAUCCAAAACCACGAGGACAGGACUUUAA